AUGCCACCAGCGGAAGAGGACCAACUACUACGUAAGGUCGUGGAUACGAUCCGUGCCUCAUCUGCGUUAGCGGCUCAGGAUGUUGACUUUCAUCGCAGCUUAAGUAGGCCUAUCGGAAAGUCUUUAGAUGAGACUUCUACUAGAAUGGUAAGCCUAAUAAACAGUCUUUUAAGCUCUAUAGAUCAGAAUUCAGAGCCUCUGGUUGAAGGAAAAGAAACCUUGAAUGAGUAUUGGAAAGAUUUCAGCAACAUGAUGGACAACCUUUUUGAGCUGUCAGAUUGUUCGGCAGACAUUCUGACCAGAGCUCCUGGUAGUAGAAAAGACGGAGAGAAACUAAAGUUCCUUGAUAACUCCAGCAGCAAUGAUAGCAUUCCUUCAAAAAGAAUAUCGAAGCCUCAGUUGAAUUUCAAAAAUCCCGUCAACAAUACGGAAAUACAGCCUUUUGUUCCACUUUUGAAGGAAAAGCCAUUUGCGUUGAGGCCGCUAAUCUCAGAUAUAGUACCUGGGAAUGACGCUGUGCCUGAACAUUAUGCGCAGCCCUAUGAAUAUGAAAUUGAACAUCAAGAGUACGGAGAAUCUGUCAUUGUCAAAUCAGAACCUAUCCCUUCAAAGCCUUGGGAAACUACGGAAGCUCUUUGGGUUGACAAUAUUGAAGUGCUCAAGACUAUGAUAUCGGACUUGAAAUCUGUGACAGAAAUUGCUGUCGAUUUAGAACAUCACGAUUACAGGUCCUACUACGGUAUAGUUUGUCUCAUGCAAAUUAGCACGAGAGAAAGGGAUUAUCUCAUCGACACAAUCGCUCUUCGAGAUGAUUUGCAAAUUUUGAAUGAGGUUUUUGCUAACCCAAAAAUCCUGAAGGUUUUUCAUGGUGCAUUUAUGGAUAUCAUCUGGCUACAGAGAGAUUUGGGACUCUACGUAGUCAGUCUGUUCGAUACAUUUCAUGCGUCUAGAGCGAUUGGUCUUCCCAGACACAGUCUUGCAUACCUGUUAGAGAAAUUUGCCAAUUUCAAGACCUCCAAGAAGUAUCAGCUUGCAGAUUGGAGGUUAAGGCCGCUUUCAAAGGCCAUGAACGCUUAUGCGAGGGCUGACACUCACUUUCUCCUCAAUAUCUAUGACCAGUUGAGGAAUACUCUGAUAGAGCAAAAUAAACUUGCUGGUGUACUAGCCGAGUCUCGGAACGUUGCUAAGAGACGAUUCGAAUACUCCAAAUUUAGACCAAUAGCACCCUCCCCAACCGUAUAUUGUCCCAUUGACAAACCAGAUCCUUGGAAAGUUUUAAUGUUCCAGUACAGUAUUUCGCCUAACAGAGAAGAAUUAGUCAAAAAAUUGUAUGACUGGAGAGACACGAUUGCCAGAAGGGAUGACGAAUCUCCAAGGUAUGUGAUGCCUAAUCAGUUGUUAGUCGAGCUUGCGCGUCAGGCACCUACUGAACCGAUAAACGUCAUUUCCGUGAACAGCAUUGUGACGGAUCAUGUCAGAUCGAAUUCCUUGGUACUUGCCCAUUUAAUUAAAAAUACGUUGGCGAGUUCUGACAAAGAAUCUGAUAAAGGUACUUUCGAAGCGGACAAUAAUUCUACAGAUGCUGCUUCCUUGUUGACUGUCCCACAAAUACAAAAGUUAGCAGCAUGUUUCGCUGGAGUCUCUCGCGCGUUUACGAUUCUACAGAACGAAUACAAAGACGGUCGUUCCUCUUCUAUUUUUACAGACAUUUUGACAUCGGAGGAUGAUGCUGUUAAUUAUGUCGGUAACAAUAUGGAUCACAUCACGAAAAAGGAAUUGGGCAAGCGGGCAGCUAAAGCGCUACAAUCGAUGGAGCAGUUUGAUGAAGCCACUUCAUAUUACAUGCCUAUUCCUGAAAUAGCAAAGGAGAGCAAUACGAUGGAAGAAAUCCGCCCACCAGCUCCAGAAGAAGUAAAGGAAAGCCCAUCGCCGCCAAAGGAAGACAUGGAUGAAAUCAUCACUUUAAAGAAAAUCAAGAAACAAAAAUCUCAGUCUCCAAAGGAACUAGGCAUAAGCGAACGAGAAAUACCUGCUGUAGAUUAUACAAAAACCAAAAAGGUGCUAGCCACUAAUCAAGAUAAGAACAAGGAUAAGAAGAAGAGAAAGUUCGAUCCUUACGCAGCAUCCAAUCAUUCAAGUGAUGCCCCCAGGGCCCCUAAGAAGAGGAAGCCGGUCAAUAGAGAGAGGAACGUAUCUUUUAAAAGGUGA